AUGAAGGAUAUAUCAGUGUUUAUAGAUAAUAGAUUGAGAACAUAUAUGUUAGAUAUGAAUGGAAUUGAGAAAUCAAAGAGUUCAGAUAAUAUCACUUUCAGCCUAAGAAUUCCACUUCCAAAAACUCAGAACAUAUUCUUAAUAACCCUUAAAAUGAGAGUUGAUGCUAGUUUUAAAAAUGGACUGAGAGAUUCUGUACAAAUAUCAAGAGCUAUUCUGUAUGAAAUUGGUGGAAUAAUGACAUAUCCACUUGAUGAUAACAGAAUAGUUCUAAUUCAAGUACUUAAAAAUCCAACAAUAAAGAAAAAACUGGACGAGUUAUUAUUAAAUGAUUUCGAAUACACCAUGAAAAGGGUCAAUGGUGAUGAUGAAAUUCUAUCAAGAUGUUCCAUAUUCACAAUGUUGUGUGAUUUGUUGAAAACGCGGAAGUGGAUCCACGUUGGUAAAUCAAUGGACUACUUAGUGUCAUCUGAUUUCAAACAUUCAACUGAUAAACAAUCAAUAGCAUUCUCUUGCAAUAUAGAAAAGACGGAAAGAGAAACUGUAUUAAACGAAAAAAAGCUGAAAAUAACCAUAAAAAUGAUAGUCUAUAUAGUGUUAAUAAACAACAUUCAAGUGAAUAAUAACAACCUUAUGAACAAAGAUAUGAUUGGAACUAGUGUUUUAUGCCUACCUAAAUGCUCUGGAUAUGCCAGAAUCAACUCUUACAAAAGUUCAAAUGAAACUAACGACUUUCUAAUAUCAUACUGGAAAAGAUGCCAUGGAUACUUUUUGGAACCGAAAGAUGUUGAAGUUACAGUCAAUGUAUCAUUCAAAAACUCGUCAUACGAUUACCCUUCAUCACUACUACUCAAAAGUCAAAUUGUCAUUUUACCAUUCAAAUCAGAACAAUACAAACAUCAAUCAAUUAACAAAAUACUCAAGGAUAUUGAGGGAUUGGGGGAUUAUGGAAUUGAGUAUGUAGUACCAGUGGAUAAUGUGGAGAAUGAAAUUGAUGAACUAGGUUAUAAGUCAAAAUGGGUGUCAAAAUCAAAAACUAAGCUAUUAUUACCACCAUUAAACACUUUUGAAGUGAAAAGUAAGAACAUCAGAAAGCAUAGGUUACCUCCAAUUGAAUACUGUGUGAAGAAUAAAUCACAGAAAUGUGAUGAAUUAAAUGUAGAUGAUAAAAACUUACUCACCAACUCAUUCUGGUCAAAUGUUAAUCAACAAAUAGAGAAAUUUAUGUAA